AUGGCGACAUAUGAUAUUGUCUCUGACAUGGAGUAUGUUUUGGCAGAGGAGUUCUCAAGAGUGUGUGACGAUUACUGGCGUGUUGAUUUUGAUGACGAGAAAGUUUCAAUUCCACCAUAUAUGUGUGAAUCACCAAUUUGUGUAAUGAGGACUUUUGAAGGACAUGGUGGUCGUUAUCCUUACCGUGAUUUGGUGAAUAGUUAUUGUAAUGUGGGACUACAUCGUUAUAAUAUGAUCGAGGUUUGGAUUGAUGAAAAACGUUAUGGGCAUUUGGAUUUUAUUUUCUAUGUUGCUAGACUCAAAGAAUCUAGAGGUGAAGGUGACUCACCCAGAGGCCAUUCAUACCACAUUAUCAUGGUGGUCCAGAGGCCAUCAUUCUCUUUGUAA